AUGACUUCGGUGCGAGUAGCAGUCCGAGUCCGUCCAUUGAACAAAAGAGAAAAGCAGUUAUCCUCGAAGGUGAUAAUUCAUACGAAGGAGAAGACAACAACCAUUCAAAAGGUAUAGCCCACAGUUCGAGGGGACGAGCUCAAGGGCGUAGGGAAAACCUUUUCAUAUGAUUUUUCAUAUGACUCAUCUGACAGAAGAAGUCCCACGUUUGCAUCCCAGGAGAAGAUCUUCCGAGACUUGGGGUUUGAAGUCUUGAAAGCUGCAUUUGAUGGUUGCAAUGCCUGCGUGAUUGCUUAUGGGCAAACAGGCACAGGGAAGUCCUACACUAUGAUGGGUCCUUCACACGAUAAAGGUUUAAUCCCACGGAUCUGUGAAGGCUUGUUCUGGGAGAUAUCUCACAGGAGCAAGAGCGAUGCCGUGAUGUUCCACACAGAAGUCAGCUGUCUUGAGAUCUGCAAUGAGCGGAUGCAGGAUCUUCUCAAAAAGAGAGCAUCACCUACAGAUGAUGGGGGCUUGAGCGUGAGGGAGCAUCCCAGGCAUGGUCCCUAUGUAGAGAAUCUGUCCAAGCAUUUAGUACAAAGCUACAGUGAAGUGGAGGGCCUGAUCAUUCUCGGCAAUGCCAAGCGCACCACAGCCAGCAGGGGAGUGAAUGACUUCAAGCGCUCCCAUGUCAUCUUCACCAUAAUGUUCACCCAGGUGUGGUGUGAUGCAGAACCGUUAUACGAGACAGUGAGUAAGAUCCACCUGGUAGACCUGGCAGGCAGCGAGAAAGUUGAUCCUACACGCACAGUAGGAGGCAGGUUGAAGGAAAGUGCCAACAUAAACAAAUCUCUGGUCACAUUAGGACAUGUGAUCUCAGCUCUAGCUGACCUUGGUGUGGGAGUGUCAACAACAAAACAGAUCUUCAUUCCUUACAGAGACUCUGUGCUGACAUGGCUGCUAAAAGACAGCCUGGGUGGAAACUCUAAGACUACUAUGAUAGCAACCAUUUCUCCUGCUGAUGUGAACUACAUGGAGACCCUGAACACUUUGCGUUUUGCCAGUCGAGCUAAAGACAUAGUGAACUCUCCCAUAGUGAACGAUAAUGGCAGUAUGAAGGUGAUGAGGGAACUGCAGUCAGAGGUUACCAAACUCAAUCAACUACUAAAAGAAGCCACUCAGGUUGGGCAUGAGGUGCCAUUAUCCUCUGUGGAUGUAAAGGAGGAGCUGAAUGAGACAAAGUCCCUCCAGGCAGUAGCAUUGACCAAGAACAGAAGCAGCACAUGGAGGGAGACACUGAAUAUUCUGCAGGAGGAGACGGUGACUCUGAGGAAGGAGGGGAGUGGAAUGGUCUUGGAUUGCUGUUUGCCUCACCUUAUCGCUGUUGGUGAAGAUCUGCAAAGCACUGGAAUCACCCUCUAUUACUUGAAAGAUGGUGCACUGUGCUUAGUCAAUGGCUCUGUGGUCACCGAUCCUUGCCAGCUGACUCAGGGUGCCAUCAUACAGUUGGGAAAAGGAGCCACACUCUGGUUUAACCAACCGACUGCUUCCCAACUUAGACUGAAAUACCAGAGUGGAUUGCCAUCUGUGUCCAGCCCAUCUGUGACUGACUCAUCCAACUCUACUGAGAAUUUGUCCAAGGCGAUGGUGCAAAAUCGAGGGUAA